AGCUGAGCGGCCCCGUGAGGUUGGGAUCUCCUGGGGUCCGCUGAAGGGAGCCCGCGAUCGCGUGGGGGCGGGGGUGGGGUGCAGCACUGCGCCCGCUUCAGAGGGGAGGGUUUCCCGGCCUUCUCGCUCUGUAAGACGAGACCGAGAAGAUCCUCGGGAUUUUAAAGAAGAGACGGCGGAGGCGGAUUCCCAGGAUCUGUCGGAUCCUAUCGAGACUGGGGAGUCGCAGCUUCUUCUCCAGGGCGUCGGGGAUCCCUGGAGGGAGCCCUGUCGUAAUCCCCGGGCCCCGGACGAAAGGCCCAGAGGCCAGGCGCCAUGGCCUCCAUCCUGGAUGAGUACGAGGACUCGCUGUCCCGCUCGGCGGUCCAGCAGCCCGGCUGCCCUAGCGUGGGCAUCCCCCACUCUGGCUCCCUCUGCCUGACAAGGAGUUUCGUUCUUCUCACUGAGACCUACUGAGAGCAUUACUGCCUGCGCCGGAGGAUGGGAGAGAGUGGAGCUGCUUUAGUUGAGUUGGGAUUGCUGGUCAAAGACUUAAGGGAGAACCCUGAAGUUCCUGACACCCCAUUCCCACUGGGAGCAGAUGCAUCAUGGUGUGACAGCAUCUCCAGAGUUCAAAGAAUCAACCCCUCGCUGUUGUCAGAAGUGUAGGGAGAGCCCGACGCCUCUAAUCCAGAAGUGAUUAGCCAGCUACUUGAUAUUGAGCUGCUAUGUGAAUGCCCAGCUGGAAAAGGAGGUGCCCAUCUUCACGAAGCAGCGCAUCGACUUCACCCCUUCUGAGCGCAUCACCAGUCUUGUUGUCUCUUGCAAUCAGCUCUGCAUGAGCCUGGGCAAGGAUACGCUGUUCCGCAUUGACUUGGGCAAGGCCAAUGAGCCCAACCACGUGGAGCUGGGGCGCAAGGACGAUGCCAGAGUUCACAAGAUGUUCUUGGACCACACUGGCUCUCACCUGCUGAUUGCUCUGAGCAGCACUGAGGUCCUCUACGUGAACCGUAAUGGACAGAAGGUGCGGCCACUGGCACGUUGGAAGGGGCAGCUGGUGGAGAGCGUGGGCUGGAACAAGGCGCUGGGUACCGAGAGCAGCACAGGCCCCAUCCUGGUCGGCACCGCCCAAGGUCAGAUCUUCGAAGCAGAGCUCUCAGCCAGCGAGGGUGGACUUUUUGGCCCGGCCCCCGAUCUCUACUUCCGUCCACUGUACGUGCUGAAUGAAGAAGGGGGUCCAGCACCCGUGUGCUCCUUGGAGGCUGAGCGGGGCCCUGAUGGGCGUGGUUUUGUUAUUGCCACCACUCGGCAGCGCCUCUUCCAGUUCAUAAGCCGAGCUGCCGAGGGGGCUGAGGCCCAAGGGUUCUCGGGGCUCUUUGCUGCCUACACUGACCACCCACCCCCAUUCCGUGAGUUCCCCAGCAAUCUGGGAUACAGUGAGUUGGCCUUCUAUACCCCCAAGCUGCGCUCUGCGCCCCGGGCCUUUGCCUGGAUGAUGGGGGACGGUGUGUUAUACGGAGCGCUGGACUGUGGGCGUCCAGACUCCCUGCUGAGUGAGGAGCGAGUCUGGGAGUACCCGGAGGGGGUGGGUCCUGGGGCCAGCCCACCCCUGGCCAUCGUCUUGACCCAGUUCCACUUCCUGCUGCUGCUGGCGGACCGGGUGGAGGCGGUGUGCACACUGACAGGGCAGGUGGUGCUGCGGGAUCACUUCCUGGAGAAGUUUGGGCCUCUGAAGCACAUGGUGAAGGACUCGUCCACGGGCCAGCUGUGGGCCUACACUGAGCGGGCUGUCUUCCGCUACCACGUGCAGCGAGAGGCCCGGGAUGUCUGGCGCACCUACCUGGACAUGAACCGCUUCGAUCUGGCCAAAGAGUAUUGUCGAGAGCGGCCUGACUGCCUGGACACAGUCCUAGCCCGUGAAGCCGAUUUCUGCUUUCGCCAGCGUCGAUACCUGGAGAGCGCCCGCUGUUACGCCCUGACCCAGAGUUACUUUGAAGAGAUUGCCCUCAAGUUCUUGGAGGCCCGACAGGAGGAGGCUUUGGCUGAGUUUCUCCAGCGGAAACUGGCCGGUUUGAAGCCAACUGAGCGUACCCAGGCCACACUGCUCACCACCUGGCUGACAGAGCUCUACCUUAGCCGGCUUGGCGCGCUGCAGGGCGACCCAGAGGCCUCGACCCUUUACCGGGAAACACGGGAGCGCUUCCGUGCCUUCCUCAGCAGCCCCCGCCACAAGGAGUGGCUCUUUGCCAGCCGGGCCUCCAUCCACGAGCUGCUCGCCAGCCAUGGGGACUCGGAGCACAUGGUGUACUUUGCAGUAAUCAUGCAGGACUACGAACGGGUGGUGGCGUACCACUGCCAGCAUGAGGCCUACGAGGAGGCCCUGGCUGUGCUCACCCGCCACCGUGACCCCCAGCUCUUCUACAAGUUCUCACCCAUCCUCAUCCGCCACAUACCCCGCCAGCUGGUGGACGCUUGGAUUGAGCUGGGCAGCCGGCUUGAUGCCAGGCAGCUCAUCCCUGCCCUGGUGAAUUAUAGCCAGGGUGGUGAGGCCCAGCAGGUAAGCCAGGCCAUCCGCUACAUGGAGUUCUGUGUGAACGUGCUGGGCGAGACCGAGCAGGCCAUACACAACUACCUGCUGUCACUGUAUGCCCGCGGCCAGCCUGCCUCACUGCUGGUCUACCUGGAGCAGGCAGGGGCCAGCCCACGCCGUGUGCAUUACGACCUCAAGUAUGCGCUGCGGCUCUGUGCUGAGCAUGGCCACCACCGCGCCUGCGUCCACGUCUACAAGGUCCUGGAGCUGUACGAGGAGGCUGUGGACCUGGCACUGCAGGUGGACGUGGACCUGGCCAAGCAGUGCGCGGACCUGCCCGAGGACGAUGAGGAGCUGCGCAAGAAACUCUGGCUGAAGAUCGCGCGGCACGUGGUGCAGGAGGAGGAGGACGUGCAGACGGCCAUGGCCUGCCUGGCCAGCUGCCCCCUGCUCAAGAUUGAGGACGUGCUGCCCUUCUUUCCCGACUUCGUCACCAUCGACCACUUCAAGGAGGCCAUCUGCAGCUCGCUUAAGGCCUACAACCACCACAUCCAGGAGCUGCAGCGGGAGAUGGAAGAGGCCACAGCCAGCGCCCAGCGCAUCCGGCGAGACCUGCAGGAGCUGCGAGGCCGCUACGGCACCGUGGAGCCCCAGGACAAAUGUGCCACCUGUGACUUCCCCCUCCUCAACCGCCCUUUUUAUCUCUUCCUCUGUGGCCACAUGUUCCAUGCUGACUGCCUGCUGCAGGCCGUGAGGCCUGGCCUGCCUGCCUAUAAGCAGGCCCGGCUGGAGGAGCUGCAGCGAAAGCUGGGGGCUGCUCAACCCCUGGCCAAGGGCUCUGCCCGGGCCCAGGAGGCAGAGGGUGGGGCCGCAGCUGGGGGCCCCAGCCGGGAGCAGCUCAAGGCUGACCUAGAUGAGCUGGUGGCCGCUGAGUGCGUGUACUGCGGGGAGCUGAUGAUCCGUUCCAUUGACCGGCCCUUCAUUGAUCCUCAGCGCUACGAGGACGAGCAUCUCAGCUGGCUGUAGGAGGGUGCCACCCCUGACGGGUGGCAGCAGGAAGGCCGCACCCUAAUCUCUGCUCGGCCACAGGUUACUGGGCUCUGCCAUGUGGGGUGAGUGUAAUCAUAGCUGCUGCCGUGGAGUGUCAGCUGCACACAGCGGCCAGCUUCCUGGGCUGUUCUUCAGAUCUGCCUUAGAGCCACGAAGAGCAGCCCAUCCACCUGGCUCCCAGCGGAUGGCCUUAGCCUGGAGAAGUCGGAAAGCUGACCCCGUUAGCAUUUCCCCUGCAUCUAACAGCGCUUUUAUCCUUAUCACUCCUAUACACAUUUCGCUCACCUUCCAGAGCAAAAGCACCAUUCUUCCUCCUCUUCACUCUUUG